AAUGUGAAAAUUUCAUUUAUGUAAAAAUAAAUUGAAUCAAAUAAGAAUUAUAUUAAAAAAAAUAUUACUUAAUUAUUCUUAAGUUUAAAAGGUAAUACAGUUUGUUACAUUGACAAAAAAUAUAAAUAUAUUUAUAGUUUAUAUUAAGUUAGAUAUGUUGAAGAGUGUGGAGACAAUUUUUAAGAGAACCAUAUCACACAAGAAGACGCGAGUAUUUCUCCUAUCCACAGCAGCACAAACUAAAAAUGAAGAAAGAUUAUCAAGUUUCCGAACAACUGAAAAUGAUCCGGUUAAGCAUACAACCGACCAUUUAAGUCAGUUCUAUAAGGUCGACGAGAAGGACAAGAAGUCGCUUUUUCUCUAUGGAGGGCUGCCCAAAUCCUUUCAGCUACAGGCGAAAACAUUUAACGAAACAUGUUUAAUGAUCCGACAGCCAGCAAUUGAUAUAAUCAACUGUAUUAAAUCGAUAGAUUUCUCUAAGCCUGCUGUUAGAUUUGUUUUAUACGGUGAAAUGGGCAGUGGGAAGUCACUGUCGUUAGCACACGUGAUACAUUAUUGUUUUAGAAACAACUUUUUAAUAGUACAUGUUCCUUGGCUCGGCAACUGGAUGCGAAGAUGUCAGGAAUAUAGCAACUCCGAAACCAAAGAAGGGUUUGUGGACUUGAAUAUAGACGCAGCGGCAUGGCUUUUACAUUUUAAGACACAAAACACACAUCUAUUAAGUAACCCAGACAUAAAAACGAGUGAAGAUCAUGUGUGGAGUAAACGUGAAGUAACACCUGCUGGUUCUCCCUUAAGCGAACUGGUGGAGCAUGGUAUUAACAGAGUAAAGUAUGCCUCAACGUGUGCGGUGAUCCUUUGUGACGAAAUAAAGAAAUUAUCUACGCAGGGUGUAUGCAAAACUUUAGUAACGGUAGACGGCUACAAUGCUUUCUUCUAUCCGAAUACGAGGGUGUACACGGAAAAGAAAGAGGUUGUACAUCCUCACAAGGUGACUCUCACGGAGGGAUUCUUGAAUUUAAGUAAAUUCGAUUGGAAUAACGGAGUCGUAGUUCUUACUGUGGACGAAAUUGCUAUCGCCGAAAAGGACCAAAUUUCACAUUUGCCCAAGUACCUGCUAGGGAAAGAUGGGUUUGCUCAUUUAGAUCCGUUUGUGCCAAUUUCGGUGCCUAAUUACUCGAAAAAGGAACUCCUCAGCUGUCUCGAUUACUAUAGGGAGAGAAAAUGGGUGCGACCUUUCGAAGGUCAAGAUGAAGAACUGUCAUUUGUCAGCGGCAAUAAUCCUUAUAAAUUAAUGAAUAUCUGUGCACCCUUGUAAAACUAAUAAAUAGCUUAGGCGAA